AUGUUUCCCACGUAUGUAACACCGGACAAAUUGUUGCCAAUGCCAACAGUUGAGGGACCCAAACUCCAGCCCUUUGACUUUGGUGGGAAGGAAGACAUCGACUUCCUAGACCCUAUCAUGAUCGAUGAGGAGGGUGCCUUGACCUCGUUUGUGGUACAAGCCUCUAUUGGCGGGCGCGUAUAUGCGCUAAAACUGUUCAAGUUUCACCCUUUUUAUCAUUGGGGCCAAUGGCCCUACGGUAGACCAAUUCCAGAUGGGGAGGAGCUUUACGACCAUUGGGAAUUCUUCAUCAACGAAUGCCGUGCUUAUGGCCGCCUGAAAGAGGCUGGUCGCGAGGACCUGGCUGCCAAGUGCCACGGCUACUUCUUCCUCAAGGAAGAGGACGAGAAGGUUCUUGAGGACAAGUACGGCCUUGACCCAUCUGCCUGGGACAUUGACGACGCGCGCAAGGAUGCCUCCAGCAAGGAUGGCCAGUACCGACCCAUCCGCGUCCUUGUCAAGGACUUUGUCCCCGGCGACAUAGACUUCCACCCUCGGCAGAUACCCCGAAUGCUCCAAGACCUCAUCAGCAUCCAAAACCUCGGCCUUGUUGUCGGAGACAUGAAGAGAGACGCAUAUGUCAACGGAGUCCUUGUGGACUUCAGCCACUCCAUGACCACCCCGCACCCGGCUAUCACGCCUGGGAUGGCGCCGGGCAUAUGCGACCGUUUGGUGGCUGAGCAGGCCUUUCACAAUAGUCGUGGCGACUUCCAGGAGUUUGAUUGGAUAAUCGAUUAUUGGAACAAUAACGACGGCCUGAAGAGAGGCUUUAUCUGGCACCGUGCCCUUGCUAACUACCGGUAUGUAGGGAAGAUCAGGAGCAAGGAUCCAGCCAAGAAAAUACCGAGAGCUCACAAGCUGGACGGCCUGGUUAGCCGGUGUAACCCCAGAGUGUAUGAUUGGAAGGCGUCGGGGUCGGUUGGGGGGGUGCGAAAACCAAGACGCUGCACCCGAUGGGUAUUCUGGAGCGAGCAAUUCAGCGACCUGGUGGUAUCUCCGCCGCCGCCGCCGCCCAAUCCCUGA